AUGGAGGCCAUGGACGUGGACGACGCGAUUGUCGCGCAACCCACUCCGUUAACUGCCAACCCGCGCAAACUGUUCUCUGAACCCAUCCGAAUGGUUUCCCCGCCUCCUCGCCCAGCAUCAGUCCCUUUGCUUCAUCCCAAUACCGACAUUGGCUUUGUUUACUCUGCAGAAAUGAUGUCGCAUAACCCACGUUACACUCCGAACCAAGAUCAUCCCGAACUUCCCGAUCGUAUUAGCGCUAUUUGGGACGAGCUUACGAGAAAUCAUUUGACCAACAAGGGCAAGAGAAUACCUAUUCGACCGGUUUCUAAACCCGAGGCUCUUCUUGUGCAUAGCGAAGACCUAUGGGACAAAGUUGAAGCCCUGCAGUUCAUGAACGCGCAAUCCUAUAUCGACUCUGCGUUGUACUACGAACAGCUUUCUCUCUAUAUCUGUGAGGCCACAACGCGGUCAGCACGGUUAAGUUGCGGCGGCGUUAUCGAAGCUUGCCUUGCUGUGGCGAAAGGUGAACUCAAAAAGACCUUUGCGAUUGUUCGUCCGCCAGGUCAUCACGCUGAACCAGAGGAACAUAUGGGGUUUUGCUUUUUUAAUAACGUCGCGGUAGCAGCAAGAGUAGUCCAACAGCAGACUUCUGUCAAGAAAAUCUUGAUUCUGGACUGGGACGUUCACCAUGGCAAUGGUACUCAACGCGCGUUCAAUGAGGAUCCGUCCGUACUGUACAUAUCCAUUCACCGUUACGAGCGUGGCCAAUUCUAUCCUUGCGGGCCGUUCGGGAGCCUACAGUCUGUCGGGGAAGGACCUGGGCGUGGCUACUCCGUUAAUAUCCCAUGGCCUACAGCUGGUAUGGGUGAUGCCGACUACCUUCAUGCAUUCCAGAAAAUCGUCAUGCCCAUAGCCAUGGAAUUCGCUCCAGAUCUGGUCAUAAUCUCCGCUGGAUUCGAUGCUGCGAGAGGUGAUCAGCUUGGAGAAUGCGAUGUCACUCCGGAGGGUUAUGCACAUAUGACUUAUAUGCUUGCCAGUCUUGCAGGUGGACGGCUUGUUGUUGCCUUAGAGGGCGGUUACAACCUCAACUCCAUUACCAACUCUGCACUUGCAGUUGCCAAAGUCCUACUCGGAGAAGCUCCUCCUCCGUUGAGGUCUAUGGUGGCUUCUGAGUUGGCGGCAGAAACAGUUUGGUUGGUGGCCAAGGAGCAAAGCCAAUUCUGGAAAAGUGUCAGCCCCAAAGCUUGUGAACCUCAGGAGGAGGUUGCAUCUUUGUCUUUUGCCGUUCCAGAGAUCCUAAAACUCCAUCGCCAAUAUUAUAUGUACAGUACCCACGACAUGAUGCAAGUCCCUCUUAUUGGCAAACCAGCUGAAGAGCGAUUCUCUGCUCAAGUGUUGUGCACAACAAACAUCUUCGAGAAAGACACCAUAGUCCUCAUUAUUCAUGAAUUUGGAAAUCUCCGAGCUGAAAUGACAUCGUCUCUUGUGUGCGACGUGCAAGUGGAGCGGUCGUAUUUGAUUGAUUUCUCGAAGGAGUUAAUAAACUGGGCUCAAGCGGAAGGGUUUUCCGUCCUGGACGCAAAUCUGUUCCCGAAACCCAUCGACCAAGAUGAUAUCAACCGAGGGAAAACUCCCGAGGCCCUGCAAAACGAUCUAGUUCUCUAUUUAUGGGAUAAUUAUGUGCAAUUGUGUGGCGCAAAGAAUGUUGUCCUCAUCGGUCAUGGACCAGCUUGUAGCGCGAUUGUUGACCUCAUAAACCAUCGCAGUACCAGCGUCAUGAAAUGCGUCAAGGCUAUAGUCCAGGUUGUCGGUUAUUCGAACCUGCGAACUACCAAGAACAACUUCGAACUGAGAGAGUGGUUCAGAACGCGGUCCCUUGUUGCACUUCCGGCAAAUCAUCCUGCUUGCAGACCUGAUUCGUUGGCGAAAGAGCUUAAAAGACACGGUCGUCUGCAACGAUAUGAGGUGGAAGAAAGCAGUAGACUGAUGCUACGAAGUUUCCCGGACAUCAAAGACUUUGUGAAAGAGCAGUUGUCCAUAGAGCAUGACGACGAACGCUUUUGA